UAGGUGUUUACUGGACUGGCUCUGACAUCACCGCCAAUUUUUAGCCGCCAAAACAUAUCCUGAUAAACCAACUUCUUGCACCACAACCGCAUCGAUCCAUUCCCUAGCCUCAACAAUGGACUCAGAAGAGAAGGGACAGCUGCUGCUAUGGGCAAAGCUGCAUGAUAUAACGGUUUCCGGCUCAUUGCAGAUUCGAUCUGCUCCAGAGGCUGGUCUAGGACUUUUCUACACUGACGCAAAUCAACCAAAGCUGCCCCCAAUCCUACUAGAGGUCCCGAAUUCGAUGCUGCUGACGGCUGAUAAUAUUCAGACCUUUGCUCUAUCACAAAAAGACACAUUGCUACCAUUGCUUCGAUCGGACACACCUCUUCCUCCGCGGGAGACAAUAUUGCGAUUCUUAUUGUUCUCACUGCAUAAGUUCAAUUCGGCUCUCAAGAUUCCGCAUAAUUUUUACGAUCCAUACCUGUCUCAUUUGCCUGAUAUAAAGCCUGACUCAUCCAAGUCUUCGCUUCCCCCGAUUUUUUGGGACGAUGAUUUGUGCGAACGGGUAGCUGGCACUUCCUUGUAUUAUCCGCUACAAGCAAAAAGACGCAAACUGCAAUCAGAAUAUGAGACUUUUAGUAGUUUAUGGGCUAUUGUCUUUCGGGAUGAGUCAAUCACUUAUGAAGAAUACCUUCGAGCUGAAUGGCUGGUGGUGUCGCGGGUGUUGGAACUGCAUGUGAACGGCGCGGAUGAGAUCGCCAUUGUGCCUAUACUCGACUUCGCGAACCAUGGUCGACAGUUCAAUGCACGGUAUGAGAUAACGACAGACGCAGUACAGCUUGUUCCCGUCUCGGAAGAGAUCAAGGUGCAAGACGGCGCGGAGAUACUUAUUUCUUAUGGCCCUGAUAAAGGGUCAUCGGAGUUGUUGUUCACAUAUGGCUUCCUCCCCUCGGCGGAUGACUACACUGGAGAGGAAUUUGUGAAGAUGCCAGUGACAGAAGGAGGACCUGCUCUUCGAUAUCUUUACGGGAAGAUACCUCUCGUCGAGCUGCACGUGGACAGUGAAGGAGAAUUGGAAUGGAAGAGCGAGUAUCUCUGGCUGUUGAGCGUAGGCCCGGACGAGGGUUUCGAUGUGUCGGUCGUUUCUACGCGCGACGGCGACGAGGAGAUUUUGGCAAGUGUACAAGGGCAAGUCCUGGACGGCGUGCGCGGGGACGCAAUUGCGGCAGCGAUCCAGGAGAAGAUCGGGAAGGGCACGAUGGCCGCUGUGCUCGAGUUGAGACGCGUGCUGAUUCUCGAGCGCAUGGCCACGGGAUGGCUGAACGAGCUAGGUCAGAGCGAGUGGGAGUCUGAGGGAGAGAAGGAGGCCGAUGCGCCCGAGAUCCUGCGACAGCGGGAGGAGCGGGUGCUGUGCAUGCUGCUCGAUGACCUUGACGAGCGGAAGAAGCAGCUUGCAGAGUCGCCGGAUGUGCUCAGCUUCCUCGCGCGGGCCCAGGAAGACCCGAAGGCGGAGUCCGAAGAGGAUCUCUCGUAGUUCUUCGGAGUUGAGAGCCAAAAGUGGUUGUUUUGUUAAUUUUCAUUUUUAUUUUCUUGUUACUUUUAUCUCUAUUUUCUGGUACCCCGCGCGCAUUGAAGUCCGAACGACGAACAUUCGGGACGGCGUGGCUGUGGCGUACGCGCGGACCAGCGGAGCUCUCCGAAUUACGGCCGAUCCAGCGUCUCAGGGUGGGCAGCGCCACAUCCACCAUACCCCCAAUUCCGUGUAAGCACGUGCGCCACAAGGCCAUCUCCAUCAACUCUGCUCUCCUACCCCGGAUUCUCUGACCACCUCUUCUCCACAGUUUUAUCUCAUCUGUUCCCCGUAUUACCAACCCCCCCCGUCUCUAUUCGCCUUCACGACCAGACCUCCAUCGUCAUGCCUGACGGAAGUCAAUCAUGGUA